CUGUGGAGACGUGGAGGAGCCAGGCAUCGCGGCCUGAGAAAUAUCUAUGCAAGAUGUUAAUGUUGCAGACUUGGCUAGUGCAAGCCUUGUUUAUUUUCCUUAUCACUGGAUCUGUAGGUCAGCUUCUAGAUCCAUGUGGUCAUAUCAGCCCUGAAUCUCCAGUUGUACAACGUGGUUCUAAUUUCACUGCAGUUUGUGUGCUAAAGGAAAAAUGUAUGGAUAAUUUUCAUGUAAAUGCUAAUUACAUUGUCUGGAAAACAAACCAUUUUACUGUUCCUAAGGAACAAUAUACUGUCAUAAACAGAACAGCAUCCAGUGUCACCUUUACAAAUAUAGCUUCAUUAAAUAUUCAGCUGACUUGCAACAUUCUUACAUUUGGACAGAUUGAGCAGAAUAUUUAUGGAAUCACAGUAAUUUCAGGCUUCCCCCCAGAAAAACCUGAAAAUUUGAGUUGCAUUGUGAAUGAGGGAAAGAAAAUGAUGUGUCAGUGGGAUCCUGGAAGGGAAACGUAUCUGGAAACAAAUUUCACUUUAAAAUCUGAAUGGGCAACAGAGAAGUUUGCUGAUUGUAAAACAAAACGUGAUACCCCCACUUCAUGCACUGUUGAUUAUUCUCCUGUGUAUUUUGUCAACAUUGAAGUCUGGGUAGAAGCAGAGAAUGCCCUUGGGAAUGUUACGUCAGAUCAUAUCAAUUUUGAUCCUAUAGAUAAAGUGAAGCCCAAUCCACCACGUAAUUUAUCAGUGAGCAACUCAGAGGAACUGUCUAGUAUCUUAAAAUUGACAUGGAUCAACCCAAGUAUUAAGAAUGUUCUAAGACUGAAAUAUAUCAUUCAAUAUAGGACCAACGAUGCCUCAACUUGGAGCCAGAUUCCUCCUGAAGAUACAGCGUCCACCCGAUCAUCAUUCACUGUCCAGGACCUUAAACCUUUUACAGAAUAUGUGUUUAGGAUUCGCUGUAUGAAGGAAGAUGGUAAGGGAUUCUGGAGUGACUGGAGUGAAGAAGCAAGAGGGAUCACAUAUGAAGACAGACCAUCCAAAGCACCAAGUUUCUGGUAUAAGAUAGAUCCAUCUCAUACUCAUGGCUAUAGAUCUGUACAACUCAUAUGGAAGACAUUGCCUCCUUUUGAAGCCAAUGGAAAAAUCUUGGAUUAUGAAGUGACUCUCAGAAGAUGGAAAUCACAUUUACAAAAUUACACAGUUAAUGACACAAAACUAACAGUAAAUCUCACAAAUGAUCGCUAUACAGCAACUUUAACAGCAAGAAAUCUGGUUGGCAAAUCAGAUGCAUCUGUUCUAACUAUCCCUGCCUGUGACUUUCAAGCUACUCACCCUGUAACGGAUCUUAAAGCAUUCCCCAAAGAUAACAUGCUUUGGGUAGAAUGGACUACUCCAAGUGAAUCUGUGAACAAAUACAUACUUGAGUGGUGUGUGUUAUCAGAUAAAUCACCCUGUAUCCCAGACUGGCAACAAGAAGAUGGCACCGUGCGUCACACCUAUUUAAGAGGGAACCUAGCAGAGAGCAAAUGCUAUUUGAUAACAGUUAUUCCAGUAUAUGCUAAUGGACCAGGAAGCCCAGAAUCUGUAAAGGCAUACCUUAAACAAGCUCCACCUUCCAAAGGACCUACUGUUCGGACAAAAAAAGUGGGGAAAAAUGAAGCUGUCUUAGAGUGGGACCAACUUCCUGUUGAUGUUCAGAAUGGAUUUAUCAGAAAUUAUACUAUAUUUUAUAGAACCAUCAUUGGAAAUGAAACUGCUGUGAAUGUGGAUUCUUCCCACACAGAGUAUACGCUGUCCUCUUUGACUAGUGACACAUUGUAUAUGGUACGAAUGGUAGCAUACACAGAUGAAGGUGGAAAGGAUGGUCCGGAAUUCACUUUCACUACACCAAAGUUUGCUCAAGGAGAAAUUGAAGCCAUAGUCGUGCCUGUUUGCUUAGCAUUCUUAUUGACAACUCUUCUGGGAGUAUUAUUCUGCUUUAAUAAGCGAGACCUAAUUAAAAAACACAUCUGGCCUAAUGUUCCAGAUCCUUCAAAGAGUCAUAUUGCCCAGUGGUCACCUCAUACACCUCCAAGGCACAAUUUCAAUCCAAAAGACCAAAUGUACUCAGAUGGCAAUUUCACUGAUGUAAGUGUUGUGGAAAUAGAAGCAAAUGACAAAAAGCCUUUUCCAGAAGAUCUGAAAUCAUUGGAUCUAUUCAAGAAAGAAAAAAUUAGUACUGAAGGACACAGCAGUGGUAUUGGGGGAUCUUCAUGCAUGUCAUCUUCUAGACCCAGCAUUUCUAGCAGUGAUGAAACUGAAUCUGCACAAAACACUUCAAGCACUGUCCAGUAUUCUACUGUGGUACAUAGUGGCUACAGACACCAGGUUCCAUCAGUUCAAGUCUUCUCAAGAUCUGAGUCCACUCAGCCUUUGUUAGAUUCAGAGGAGCGGCCAGAAGACCUACAAUUAGUAGAUAAUGUAGACGGCAGUGAUGGCAUUUUGCCCAGGCAACAGUAUUUCAAACAGAACUGCAGUCAACAUGAAACCAGUCCAGAUAUUUCACAUUUUGAAAGGUCAAAGCAAGUUUCAUCAGUCAGUGAGGAAGAUUUUGUUAGACUUAAAGAGCAGCAGAUUUCAGAUCAUAUUUCACAGUCCUGUGGAUCUGGGCAAAUGAAAAUGUUUCAGGAAGUUUCUGCAGCAGAUGCUUUUAGUUCAGGUAUUGAGGGACAAGUUGAUAGAUUCGAAACAAUUGGGAUGGAUGCUGCAGUUGAUGAAGGAAUGCCUAAAAGUUACUUACCACAGACUGUAAGACAAGGUGGCUACAUGCCUCAGUGAAAGACUGGUUCCUGUUACAACUUCAGCAGUACCUGUAAAAUAAAGCUUAAAAUAUUUCAUCUGUGAAUUCAGAUAAAAAAUUAUCUUCACUCCCUGAAGAUGAUCAUUUGCCCUUAAGGACAAAAAUGUACUGAACUUCACAUGGGCUAUUUCCAUUCCAGUAUAUCUGGGAUUCUACUUUGAGCACUACAUAAACUGACUUUAUCCUCUGAAUAGCUGAAUGAGUUUGUGCUGUUUCAGGAUGUUUGCACUGAAGAAAAACAAAGCUUGUCUGAAAUUUAUAAAGUAAAACUUCAUUUUGCUACACAGAAAACAGAGGGUAUUUAAAUAAUAAGCAGUGAUAUACUUAUUGAGCACAGCUAUACUGAUUUGAUGAGAAUAGUCAUCAAAUAAAGUGGCUUAGGGACAGUUAAUAUAGAGGAUCAACUCUAGCUGACAACAUAGUUUAAAAAGAGUCUAUAGGGCUGUAUGAGACCAGCUUUUGUAGUCUGACAAAAAAGUAGGGGGGCUCGUUUAUAGUUAAUAUGAACAUAUAAAGUGUUAGUUCCUUUGCAUUGGUAAUGAUGCUGCCAGUUGUUGCUGGAGAAAAGGAAUUCCAGAGCUAUAAUGUGGCAGAUUUAAAAUAUCCAUCUUUUUAAAAUUACAUAGUCAAUAAUCUCACUAGAUUUUUUAAAAUUUGCUUUUUAUCGACAGCCUCUUUGAUGAUCUAUUUCACAAAUUCAGUGGAGUAGCCUGGUAAGAGCUAGGAAUGAACACAACAAACUAUCAAGCAUUUUAAAAAUUGUUUGCCACUUAUAAAGACUUAGAUUAACAUUUUUCUAUACCUAUACAUAUAUACAUAUAUCAUUGAUCUUGUUAAGAUUUCAGAGAAUUUGGUUGAUAAAGCACUUUAUACGUCUUCAGCUUAAAAUGUGUUUAAUUCAGUAUACUUGUUUUUUAUUUUUAAGUGGGCCAAGACUUAAAAUUUUCUUUUUUUCUGGUAGGUGUUUGAAGCAAACUGAGUUAGAGGAUUUGGGCAGUAUACACCAAAACAAACAAAACAGAACCCAAAGAUGUACACAUUGAUCUUAGUAUAAUUAGCAAAUACCCUUAUUGUAGAGACACUUAAUAAAAAGACGGUAUUUUAAUAUCUGCCAUUUCUGAGAUAAGGUGGAACUUAGUUUUACUUUGUGAUUUAGAAAUAUUUUGAACAGAACUGGAAAAAAGAUGUUUUUCAGUGGAGAAGUGAGCCACACCUCUGAAGUUUAGCACUAAAGCCUCUAACGCAUUUAUGUUGUCCCUAACCACCACAUGUGACAUGGAGGCAGGAGCUAAAGAUAAGGGCUAAGUAAGAAGAAAUUGUCAUGCAUCAUUAGUGGUUGACUACUGCUAUCAAGUGAGUUUAGAGGAAGUAGAUUUGGUUUUCUUUCAUAUUUAAGUUACUCACAGAAACCAGGCAAAUUUAAACUAGUUUGUAGAGGCUAUUGAAGAAUAAAAGGCUAAGAAAAAUGGUAUACAUUCACAGUUGAAAUGUAAUUCUACUUUUUACUUUCUCAGAAUAUUUUUCACAUUAGACUUCCUGUUACAUUUUAUCCUUCAUAUUCUUGCAUUUAUAUAAGGACUAAUAUUUUUCCAACUUCUUUUACAUAUAUGAUCUUUGGGAUACAGUUAAAUAGGUGGUUUAUUCUGAGAAAUCCAGUUUUCUACUUUAAGCAAAAGUAGAUUGGUAGAGUGACAGAAUUAGAAGUAGAUGAAGAAAGUUAGGCACAAAGGUCAAGUAGGGACAGAGACCCACAUUCACACUAUAAGAUCGUGGCAUCACCACCAUUUAAGUUGGUCAGUAAAGGCGGGGCCAGAUCAGGACUGGAUUUGUCUUGCUAUAUACCAGCUUACUUCAAAAAAUUUAUGGAAAAAUAGAACUAAAAGAUAAUACAAAUCUUUCCAUGAACUUUUUGAAGGCCCUCCUAUAUCUGUCAGAAAAUUGAUAUCUAUUACAUUUUUCAAUUCCUCAAAAUAAGUAGUCAUGCUAUUGUAAUUGUGUUUAGCUGUAACCUUCCUCAUAACAAAUUACAGUGUUGUGAAAGAAACUUUGUAGUGUGAAGUUUGUCCAUUUGGGGAGGCAGUUAUAAAAUGUGAACUCAUGGUCGAAGGGGAUGAGAAUGAAGGGUCAUUGCAGACAGGACCUCGCAUACACAAAUUUGCAUGUUGAAACCUUUAUAGAAAGAACGUGGUACAGUGAGUGAAUGCCUCUAGCCACAAGAGCACUUGAGACAAAUUUAAUGGAUAUAUGGUUACUGUGCAAAACUUCAUUCAGGAAAUGAAGAUAUAUUUGAGCACUAAUAUGUAAUGUACGUUUUUGCCCUAAAGAGAAAAGCAAUCAUAAAACUUUUUCUUAAAUACAAGAUUACUUUCCUAGAGCAUGUCUUAGAAUAACUAUGUUUUGUGCAUGUAAGUUGUAUUUUAGGUAGGUAGAGAAACAAAUCUGGUUUGUUUAUGUAAAAACUGAAUUCUCCCCCCAGCAGCAAAAACUAGUCUAAUAAAGUUAGUGGAUUUAUUACUUUUUAAAUAUUUAGUGUCUAAAAGUGUUUAAAGUAAUGCUACUACAUCAGAAAACAGCCUCUUUGUGGACAAAACUAAUUCACGGCUUCUAAUGCAAUCGUACUCUUUAGGAUUAAAAAAAGAUUCAACGUAUAUUAUGUGUUGCCCUUGUAAUUUGACUAUCAGUUACUGGUGUAUUUGGUAUCCUGCCCUCAUCUCUCAUAAACGGAUAAUGCAGAAUAACUGUUAGAAAACUGUGAAACUUCAGACUUUCCAAUAAAAUCUAAAAUUGUAA